AUGGACGAUGCUUGGCGACAUGUAUUCCGUUAUUUCAGAGCUGCUGAACGGAUCCGCUACGAGCGAGUAUCGAAACUCUGGAUGAGGUUGUUGCGUGAGUACUGGAAGCAGCUGGUUUCGAUAGAUACAAACGAUCUCUGUGUCGGGGUUCCAGCGGAGUACUGGUCCAACUGCGUAGCAGCUGUCCUGGGUAAGAAGCAUUGCUGUAAUUCAACGAGUGAUGUUCUCAUCUGGCGGUUUUGA